CUUUUCAUUCCCGCUGCCAAAUCCUUAAACCCUCAAUUUCCCUCAACUUUUACGGGCUGCUUCGAAUACGUAGCUACAAAAUCCCUCAACUCUUCAUUUGUAUGAGUUGCUUCGAAUACCCUCAUCUCCACCCAACACCUCCAUUCGCAACUUCAUCACCGUUGCUGCAAUCUUCAACGAGCAACCUUCCUUCAACAAGCAACCUCGCCACCGUCGCAGCUCAUUGUUGUCGUCGCUGCAAUCUUCAAAGAGCAACCUCGUUGUCGCUGCUACCACAUCAAUCUUCAUCUAACAACCUUCCUUCAACGAGCAACUACACCGGCCUCUGCCGCUGCAAUCUUCACUCUCUGUCGCUGGCGAUAAAUCUUAUCAACGAGCAACCUUCACAAUACCAACCUCCAGUUAUCUCUUGUAUCAAGGGGAUUGAACAGCUGGUUGGUUGCUUGGAGUUGUUUGUGAUCUCAAACUAUCUCAUCCGUCUGCCAUCGCCACGAUUCCCUUGGGGACUAGGAAUAAUCUACCAUUUGCUUUUGGUUGGGUAGGAACUUGCAUUUCUACAAUGUGUGCUUUUUAAUGAUACCUUAAAGUAGUAUGUUUCAAACAUAUGAUGCCUUUACCUUGACUUGAUGAUUGUUUACAAGCUUAGAAGUUUAGUUUUCUU